GUUCCGUAGCCGCGGCCGCCUACGCUACGUGUGUGACAACGGACCUCAAUGUGUCGCAUAAGUCGUGUGAUCAGGAAUUCCGCCAGUUUAAACAGUGCCUGCAGAAGGCGGCCAGUGAUAUGAAAACGAAACUAUGAUCGAAAUGCUUGAGUCAAUACACCAGUCGAAAAUGUCAUUCAAAAAGCACCUCAUCAUCAGCAUUGUCAUUCGCAUCUUCCUGGUGUAUUAUGGCGAGGUGCAGGAUAGCCUAUCAGAAAUCCAAUACACCGAUGUAGACUAUCGCGUGGUAACCGAUGGAGCUAGUCACGUUCUCAAUCUGAACUCUCCCUUCAAAAGGCACACGUACCGUUACACGCCACUCCUGGCAUAUCUGGUUCUACCAAAUCUCCUGCUUCAUCACAGCUUCGGCAAAUUUGUGUUCUCUUUGUUUGACAUUUUCAUCGGAGUGCUGAUCAAAUGGAUCCUGCUGAAUUGCUAUCGAGGCAAUAAGAUAUCCAUCGAGAAAAAGCUACUCAAAUUAGAGACGCUGAACAAUCGGAAUAAAUAUCUAAUUAAAAGAAAGAACGAGAUCCUGAAUAGUAGCAAUGAAACUCUGCCACCAAAGUACAUCAGGAUGGCAGAAAUCAGCGCGUAUUUUUGGCUAUACAAUCCGCUGACAAUGGUCAUCGCAACAAGAGGAAAUGGAGACUGUGUGUCAUGCUCGCUGGUUCUUGCGUCACUGUAUUUCCUCCUGAAAAAUGAACAAACCGUUCUGCAGUUUUUCACGGCCGGCAUAUUUCUCGGCAUAUCUAUUCAUUUCCGACUCUACCCAAUAGGGUUCUGCCUGGCAUUUUAUCUGACCACACUCGAUAAGCAACUGGAAACAAUUAAGGAUCACCUACAAGCGAUACUGAUGCCCAAUGCCAAACAAUUAGCCUUGGUGGCCGGGACGAUCACAUCUCUGACGGUAUCAACUGGCCUUUUCUACUAUCUCUACGGUUAUCAAUAUCUCUACGAAUCCAUGCUGUUUCAUCUGGUCCGGAAAGAUACCCGUCACAACUUUUCACUGUACUUCUACCAGCAGUACCUAAGUUCCAACUUCGACAUCUCGCUGCUGGAGAAAAUCCUGACCUUCCUACCGCAGCUGGUGCUCAUCGUAAUCAUAACCCUGCGCUACGGGAAACACCGUCAAACCGUGGGCUCCGCCCUGUUCGCUAUCGCCUUCGUUAUGGUGGCGUACAAUCCGGUCGUCACGUCGCAGUAUUUCGUGUGGUUUUUGUCGUUGCUGCCGCUCAGUGUGAAGAACUUCAAGAACAUCGGAAUGCGUAAGGCCGUCUUCAUUCCGGUUAUGUGGUUCAUAUCGCAGGGAGGCUGGCUGCUACCGGCGUAUUUGCUGGAAUUCCGAGGCUGGAACACGUUCGAGUUCAUUUGGAUCCAGAGCAUCGUGUUUUUCUUCUCCAACAUAUUGAUCCUGCAGAUGCUGGUGACGAACUACGAUAUGGCUUACAACUAUAAGAUUGAUUAGGACGCGGUAAACAUGUACAUAUAUGAUAUGAUCUCUUGUGAGUAAAAAAUCGAAAUUAAAUUCUUGAUUGAUCUUUUCA